AUGACAACUGCUAGAAUUUGCGAAUUCAAUAAGAAAUUUAAUACUAAUUUUCAAAUAUAUAUGCCCAAACAUAGACAUUUUCAACCAAAGAAAGUAACCGAAGAAUUAGAUUGGGUUUUUUAUUUACACAAAGAACAUUUCUGUUUGAUAAGAAGAAAUAACAAAGCUUUGGGCAUUAAAGAAAUAGAAGAUAAUUACGAUGAAAACGUAUGGAGAACUUGUGAAGAUGAUAAUGCGGUAACGCAAGUUUCACUUCUAAAACUAAACGUUUUUCCAACCAUUCCCGAUUAUUGUUUAUACGCAUGGGAUUGCGAAACCUAUUGCGAAAAAGAAACGAAUAAAGCCAUUCCUUAUUGUUGUACUUUAGUCAAUUUGGAAAAACUGAGGAAAAGAUUAGAUGAUUAUAAUAAUUACUUACGUGAUUUAAGUGAUUUUAAUGAGACUCUAGAUUUUAAGCCGUCAGAUCCCAUUUCAGAAGAAUUUUACAACAAACUCAUGACUAAUAUAGUAGAAAUAUUUGUAGGUACAGAUUGUAUAGAUCAAAUGUUACAACGUUUAGGAAAAGUAGAUGAGAAAGGACUAACCUUAAUUUCCCAUAACGGCAGUGGAUUUGAUAACUGGAUCAUGAUCAAAAACGUAAAAAAACUAACACAAUGCCCUUUAAAAACAGCUAGAGGAAUUCUGUCUCUACCUUUAACUAAUUCAUUCACCGAUGAAUAUUUACAGAAAAAAUGGAAAAGACAGAAAGAAAUAAAGGGUAACUCUAAUUAUUUGCAAAAUAUUAAUUUCACAUGUUCCUAUCAACACGAAUCAUCUAGUUUGGCAGCAUGGGGAAAUUCGAAUUACCAAAACCAGUUCAGACACUGA